AAUCCAGAAAUUGUAUCGAGUUAUUUUGACGCCAUUUUUUCAUUUCCUGCCUCGCCUGUAAGUAAUUGUUACUUUCUAAAGCUUUGAAAAUCUUUCUUCCGUAAUUGUUACCUUUGCGAAGAAUCACUUUUGACAAUUUCCUCUUCAGGUUUAUAUACGUACUGUGAGUGAACUGCUGGCUUUCUGCUCCAAAAUUAAAGACUUUGAAAAGCUGGAGAAACAUAAGGUUUGAGAAAUGAUCGUGACAAAUCUUUUCCAUCUUGCAAUUCAGAACUAAUUUGGAAAUUUGUUUUUAGAAAAAUAUCAUUGAUCUCUAUGUGAACACAAUUUUCUUGGGAAAAAUAAAACAGAAAACAUGCUAUUUGGUAAGCAAAUUAGCCGUUGAAACGCGUUAUUUAUAUUUUGGUAAGAAUCACAGACAAGCAUAUUUUGAAAGGAAUAUAUAACGAUGUGUUUAGAAAGCAAGUUCAACGUUACUUCGGCAGAUAACUCACGAGGAAUUUAAAGAAAAAAUUUUACCCGCUGUUCAAAAAUCUUUGCUUCGUAACCCUGAACUCGUCAUUGAAG